AUGGAGGCAAAACUGUUUUUCCUUCUGAUGGCAUUGUUGGUGACUCGCUCCUCUUCAAGUCCCAUAACGAAUAGUGUGUUUGAAUCUCAGACCUCGGUUAGUGGAAGGAACCUACUUAGUGUCAAGAAACCAUGUGAAGUGGACUUUGAGAGUAAGAACUACACGGAUCUGACGAGACAGUGCAAAGGUCCAAAGUAUCCAGCGAAAGAAUGUUGCGCGGCGUUUAAACAGUUUGCAUGUCCUUACGCGCAUCAAAUCAACGACUUGACUACUGACUGUGCCAGGAUAAUGUUCAGCUACAUCACCGUUCACGGUAAAUAUCCACCUGGUCUUUUCGCCACCGAGUGCAGAGAAACGAAAGAGGGACUCGUUUGCCCUUCUUCUCCACCUCGCGUUUCAGCCGCUCCUCAUCACAUCACGCUGGUGGUCUCUGCCGCAACCGCUCUUUUGGCUUUUCUAGUCUUGGCUUAGCGUGUUAACAAUGAAAAGUAGUAGCAUUCCAAACAAAUAAAUCAAGAAGCGAAACUUAUCUUUUAAAUUUAUAUAACCAUAAAUGUUAACAAGAACUUUUAAAAAGUUUAACCAAAAGGGUCAUGUGGGUAUGUCAAUACGAGAAGACUCCGGUAAUAAUAAUUGAGACAUGAACACCGAACCUACUGUUAGAAGCAACACUAACUGUAUAAGGAAACAUGAAGGUGAUCUUACAUGCUCUCUUGUUGAACAUUACCUGACGUAGUAUGCACUCGUUUUGCAGGUCCUGAGCUCUGUUUCUUGACUUUGGAGCCUUUGUUUCUACUUCUUCUAACCUGUUCAGCGUUUCAUUAGCUUGCUUCGGACUGUUCAAGUUAUCCAUACUACGUCAGGUAAUGUGAACCCCAAAGUAAGACUCGAGCGGGAAAAAAAAAACAUGAAAAGAAGACUCAUAAGUUUGGAUCACAUUUCACACGAGUUACUCAUCAUGUUAAAAUAUCAUUUUACCUACCUGCAUAUAUAAAUAUCAUUCAUGCCAGUAUAUAGGCUUUUG